AUGGAUUAAACUGGAUUAAAAACAAUUAUCCUAGGAGCAUCAGCUUGUCGGAAGAUGAAGAAUGAAAAAAGUUCUCAAAUUUAAAUAGAUAAUUUUCUGUUAUUGAAUCUAGAGUUAAAGAAUGGGAUGAAUAGUGGUAACAUAGCUAAAAAAUAUGGUAUUCAUUUUGUUUAAACAUUUAGCUAUAACUAAUAUUCUCUAUUAACUUUAAUUGUGACUGUAAGAUAUACGCCAUUUAUUGAUAAAAUCGAUUGUAAGGAUUUAACAAAGGCUCUGAGAGUGGAUGCAGAAAAGUCUAUUUUGAUUUGA